UGCUCGUCUGUCACGGAGUGUCCAAUAUGAUCAAUGUGUGUGUUUGUAUGUGUGUUUUGAAGGUUUUCGUGUGAGCGGUCGUCAUGGUCACGCUCGCACGGACGGCGCUACUUUGUUGCCUGCUGUUGUCGGCCAUCUUGGCGGUGGUUGUCUUCCUCAGCUCUGAGUGGCUCCCUCAAGGUGGCGUUGGAGACUGUGGCCCAGGACACUUCGCAUGCUUGGCAUAUAGUAAAACGCCUCAGCCUCCUUUGGUGGAGCCCGACGAGGCCCUGCCCACAAUCAAGGAGUGUCCCGGCCAAUUGUUUCAGGCGUCACAUCUGCUGCGCUUUUUGACAUCUAGCGUCUCGGUUGCCGACGACGUCCUCCUGGAACCGUACCUGCGAAGCUGGGACCACCUGAUUAUCUUCAUGGAGUCUCUCGGACCGGUGGUCUCAUUCUUCUCUCAGAAGGUCAACGAGAAGAUGGACCUGAUUCGACAGCUGGCUCGCACACAUGGGCUGAAGGGAGGGGCAUACCGUUCAGUAAGCUCUAUGGUGGAGGCGGAGCUACAAGCGGGCUUGGUGAACCUUUCCCGCCGAACCGAUUCGGGCUGCAGGACGCUGCUGCGUUUGCAUCGCUCGCUACUGUGGCUCACCAUGACGCUGGACGGCCUGACGCACGUGCCCGACCGGCACGGACACCUAAAGACGCCAGGCGAGCUCGGCAGGGACGCCUACCAGGUAGCGCUAGCACCCCACCACUCGUGGAUGCUCCGGCAGGCCGCAGAGCUGGUCUUCCUCGCCCUCCCGGACCGGGAGUACUUUCUGAAGCUGGUAUGCGCCCAGAAUCAACGUGAGGCGGAGCCCGUCCUCCGCGUCAUUAUCCGCGCUCUCCAGAAGGUCCACGCUGCGACCCAGCGCAUUCUGGAGCAGCACGCCAUGCUGGACCUGCCCUGAAGGUGGCCUUCCCGUAUUACGAAAAGGACUAAAUGCUGCCCGGCAUGGAUGAAGAAAGUCAUUUAUUGGUUAUUGAAUGGACAUGCAGGAAACAUUCACAACUGAUUAACAAUCAAUAGCACACAAACAUCCCUCAUUGGUCGUCAUUUAACUGUUAGCGCUGAUAGCAUAACUAGCUGGUUUGUUAACUUUUUCCCCAUCAAUCUUUGGUCGACUAGGCUGGUUCUUUAUGGAAAUAUGAUGCAACCAAUUUACAGAAAUCCCCUGAAUAUUCACCAUUAGGAAAUUUACCUCUGACAGAUUUAGACUCUUUAUCAUCUUUGUAUCUUGACAGAUUCACAUUGGCUGGUGUUAUUUGCGAUUUUUCCUCUACUGAGAUCAAAUAAUCUUGAAUAUAUUUAUUUUUAAAGGUAAUAUUGUACGAUGAGUAUUUUCAUUUUUUUUUUAUAGUUUGUGGUAAGCUAUAUUUAAGGUUUAAACUAUUAAUAUAAGCAACCAUAAAUAUUUGUGUUGGGCAUCCAUUAGGCUGCUCGCUAUUCCUGAAUAGCAGGGGAUUAAUGCAUUAUGUGUACCACAAAAACUAAUCAAUCAAAUUUGACGCCACGUGUAAUGUCGAAACUAGUUGCGGUAGCAUUAUUACGUUCUUUAAGCAUGCUGAUAUAUAUUUUUUCUUUAAAAAAAAAA